AUGCUACUGAGCGGAGCUCCUCCUCCGGGCUCCGGCCCCGGGCCGCGGGCGCAGGGCAGCGCCGGGGGCGGCCCUGGGGGAUCUCGCCGCGGGGCUGGGGGUGCGGCGGCUGGCCCGGGAGGGGGCGGCAGCGGCGGAGUCGCAAAGUGGCUGCGGGAACACCUUGGCUUUCGUGGGGGCGGCGGCGGAGGGGGCGCCAAGCCCGCCCCCCCAGAGCCCGACUACCGCCCCCCUGCGCCCUGCCCGGCCGCGCCCCCUGCGCCGCCCCCGGACAUCCUGGCCGCCUACAGGCUGCAGCGUGACCGCGACUUUGAGGACCCCUACUCCGGGAGCUCGUCCGUGUCUGCCGCCCUUUCCACCCCAGCCGCCCCUGGCCCCACUCCGCCCCCGCGCCACGGCUCACCCCCGCACCGCCUCAUUCGAGUCGAAACCCCCGGCCCCCCAGCGCCCCCUCCGGAGGAGCGGAUCUCCGGACCCCAUGCCAGCAGCGACAGGUUGGCAAUCCUAGAAGACUAUGCAGACCCAUUUGAUGUUCAGGACACUGCCGAAGGCUCAGGAGGAACUUCAGUUGUUCCAGAGAAGGUUCCCGAAAAUGAUGGCUACAUGGAGCCGUAUGAAGCCCAAAAGAUGAUGGCUGAGAUCCGGGGUUCUAAGGAGACGGCAGCCCAGCCCCUACCUCUCUAUGACACACCCUAUGAACCAGAGGAUGAGGGGGGCAGCCCAGAAGCUGAGGGGACUCCCUGGCCCAGGGAAUCCCGCCUGCCGGAGGAUGAUGAGAGGCCUCCGGAAGAGUAUGACCAGCCUUGGGAGUGGAAGAAGGAACGGAUUUCCAAAGCCUUCGCUGUUGACAUAAAGGUCAUCAAAGACCUACCUUGGCCUCCGCCUGUGGGACAGCUGGACAGCAGCCCCUCCCUGCCUGACGGGGACAGGGACAUCUCCGGUCCAGCUUCACCCCUCCCAGAGCCCAGCCUGGAGGACAGCAGCGCCCAGUUUGAAGGAUCGGAGAAGAACUGCCUGUCGCCUGGCCGGGAGGAGAAGGGGCGGCUACCUCCCCGGCUUUCUGCUGGGAACCCCAAGUCAGCCAAGUCCCUAGGCAUGGAGCCCAGCAGCCCUCUCGGGGAGUGGACAGAUCCAGCACUGCCUCUGGAAAACCAGGUCUGGUACCACGGGGCCAUCAGCCGCACAGACGCCGAGAACCUUCUUCGGCUGUGCAAAGAGGCCAGCUACCUGGUGCGCAACAGUGAGACCAGCAAGAACGACUUCUCUCUCUCCCUCAAGCUGGGAAGAACCACAUGCCUUGUGAACUUCUGCUCGCUCCACCCCAGGCCCUGGGGAACCUGAAAUGUCAGAGACUCCUUAGCCCCUAUACUUCAAGGAAAAAGCACUUGAAGCUUUCUGUCACUAGCUGUUCAACCUCUCGAGGCCUCUGUUUCUUUGAUAAGAUUGAAUAAGAUCCAUUUUAUUGGGAAGGAUUUAAUAGCAUUUGACUUAGUGUCUUACUUAGCACCUAGCAUGUUCUUAAACACCACGCUAAGUGCUUAAUAAAUUAUUGCCAUCACUGUUAAACCCUAAUAUGUAGAAGCCCUGACAAGGAGGAGCUUUACUUAAAAUAGUCAGCAGGGUGAGGUGGGGGGCAGACCUAGGUGCAAAGCCAUUCCACUGAGUGAGGAACUCUGUGUGUGAGGGGCGAGGAAGAGGUGACCAAGAUAGGGCCCUCCUUUUCCAUCAGCUUGCUGUUCUACACAGCCCGGACUCAGACUCCCAGGCUCUCCAAUAGCAGGAUGGCCAGCUCUUGGCAGCCAAGCGUUCUACCCAGGAUAGCCUGCCAGCCACAUGAGGUGGUCAGCUCGCUUAAGGUGUCCCACUCACCUCCCCCAGCAUGGCAGGAAUAUCUUCAGAACCGCACACCACGGUGUCUGGUGCAUUCAAUGCAGAUACAGCUACACCUCGAACAAAUGUACACAUGUAAGAUUAUUCGUGUUAACUGAAAGGGAUCAGAAAAAAUAUCAAAGAGAAAAGUGGCCUCAGUUCUAUCCUGGGCUUUGAUAAAGCUGGCUGUGCAACCAUAGACAAACCCGUGAACUUCUCUGGGCCUCACACUCUCCCCUUGCUGAAUGAGCUAAUAGCGUGGGUUCUUCUAGCUCUCGUAUUCGGGAGCCCACAAGCUAUAAAAUCCAAAGAGGAUGUUGGAAAAUUUCAUUUGUCAAAAGUCUGAUUUACAACAACUUUAGGUGGAGCACUGUUAUUAAGAUUAUAAUUGGAAUUCUUGGCACAUACCACCUAGCAUAUAUACCAUGUCCAAAUCAACUACCACUCUGCUGAUAAAUCUCUUUUUAUACAGAUGAAAUAGAUUCAAGGAGCUUUGUUACUUGCUCAAGGUCACCAUCAAAUAAUUAAGUCUCCAAGCUGGGCACGUGGAUAGUAACUUGUCUCAGUUACUCAGGAAGCUGAGGCACGAUUUCGUACACCCAGGAUUUCCAGGCCAGCCUAGAAACUGUUUCAAAAGACACAAAAAAACCAGGACCUAGCUCAGUCUGACCUCAGGAACCGUGCUGUUCAGUGACAGGGUUCCACCACUCACCAGGUUCCACGUGCCUGAAAUCUGGUACUCUCCAGCUCAAUGGGAGACACUGUCAAGAUUUGGGUCUUUGCAGUGGAACUGGGCAGCUAGGGUGAGGGACCGCCUUAGUCUAGGGAGUGAAAAGGCAGGCCUGGACGCCUGCUCCUGCUCCAGCUGAUCUGGCCCACAGGCUGUCUGCCAAGGUCUCGUUUGCAUAUAAAUGGCUUCUCUGAAAUACAAUUAUGGUUUCUCUUCUCUCCCUAAUGGAAGGGCUUUCACUG